AUGCUCUCCUCCCGCGGGCCCUCCACGAUUACCCGCAACACUCUUCUCCGUCGCAUCCGGACCAUUUCCCGCCAACCCCGCCUACGACACUGGUAUUCCAUCGACGCAAACCGGCCCUCAACAAAAGCUAAGAUGGCGCACGACGACGCAACAGCUAUGGACGUCAACGCUCGACGGCCCAAGAAGCUGAUCUGUAUGUACCUACCUUCUACAAGCUCUCUCUCUCUAUCUCUUUCCAUCAAUCUCCUCAAACUAACUUACAUUUCCCCUCCACCAGUUGCACCAGGCGACAUCGACCCCUCGGCCCCAGAAUCGCAAGCCAACCAGACGCAGCACGCGAUUCCAUCCUACCUCACUCCCGCCGCCGCCGUCGCGGAGUCCCUACGCUCCGAGACCUCAACGCCCAACUCGACCACCGAGCAACGGGUACUCUCGCACCCCGCACGAGCACACCAAUUCGUAACCAACCCGCCCUUAACCGUGUCUCAAAUGCACGGCACGAAUCCCUUGCACCAAUUCCACUCCUGGUUCCGCGAUCCGCGGCUGCAUUCCACCUCUGCGCCGGAAACAUGCACGCUCGCAACGGCCGCUAUGCCCUCUGGCCGGGUCAGUGCGCGGGUGGUCUAUCUCAAGGAAUUGGACGAGCGCGGGUGGGUAGUUUAUAGCAAUUGGGGGAGUCGUGAGGGGAAGGGCGGGCAGGUGUUUGGGAAACUUGCCGACGGCGGGCGGGAUGUGUUGGGUUCUAUGCCGGAGCCCGGGCAGGAGAAUGGUUCAUCCAAGGCACCAGCUGCGGAGAUGGGCAACAAAUGGGCCGCGCUGACAUUCAGCUGGGGGACUACGGAGCGCCAAGUCCGCGUGGAGGGACUCCUCGAACCGCUCAGCCGCUCUGAGAGCGAGAUGUACUGGCGCACGCGCGAACGAGGCAGCCAGAUCGGCGCAUGGGCAAGCUGGCAGAGCCGCGUGCUGUGGUCUGCAGAACCGGUCAAGUUGGCAGAGCGUCAGCGGCGCAAGAGCGUCGCGCGCUUGCAGGCUUCCGCGGAGGCGGGGACGCCGUGCGAUGAUAUCCCGGCUGAUAUUGACGAGACGGAUAUUGAGGAUGGGCGGGCGUUGCUGGAGCAGAGGGUUAAGGAGAUGGAGGAGCGGUUUGCUGGUGUGCUGGAUGUGCCGCUGCCGCCGUUUUGGGGUGGGGUGCGUCUUGUCCCGGAGUCAGUGGAGUUCUGGCAGGGUCGCCGUAGUCGACUGCAUGAUCGGUUUCGGUAUCCUGCGAUUCCUCCCCUCCAGACAUCCAAUAUCCACAAAAUGUCUCCCCCACCCGCCCAUCCCACCACCGCCACUCCUCGCUCCCCAUGGAUCCUCCUCGCAAUCGCCAGCGGUGCAUUCGCCGCGCUGAACGGGCUCUUCGCCAAACUAACAACAGAUACCCACACCACAGCCUUCGCGCAAGCAGUCGCGCAUCUCUUCGGCUCGGACGGGUCCCCGUUUCUGGAGCUCGUUGUGAGGGGGAUCUGCCUCGGCCUUAACGUCCUCUGCAACAUCAUCAUGUGGGCUCUCUUCACCCGCGCCCUAACCGCUGGGCCUUCUACGACGAAAGUGUCUAUCACGAAUACCUCGUCGAAUUUCCUUACUACUGCCAUGCUGGGCAUGUUGGUGUUUCGGGAGGCUGUGGGCGGGUUGUGGUGGCUGGGCGCUGCGAUGAUGGGUGCUGGGUGUAUUCUUGUUGGGAUGCGGGAGGAAAGCAGUUGA